AUGUGGAUUAUACUUUAUUGCCUAUGCUAUGCAAUUUGUGGAAUUUCUUGGACUGCCAGCGCCGCAAAUGGAGCGAUACUGGACUCGAGAUGUUAUCUGGAGGGUGGCGGUUCGGCGGAGAGUUUUCUAGCCACUGAGGAUCUAGCAGUGGGAUCCAUCAUUGGCAAAUUGCGUAUAAAUGGUGAUCCUACGGCAGACACCGGUGACAUUAAUCUCUCCCUUAGGGAGAAAAAUGCACCCGUUGAGAUUGUGGCGGGCACCAAGGAUUUGGCUCUGUCCGUCGAGCUUGAUAAGGAAGGUCUACGAGGACCCUCGUCGAUCUAUGUGAAUGUCAUUUGCAUUCGAAGACGUUCAACGGAUCCGAGCUUCGUCAUUCCCGUCAAUGUUCGCGUCACGGACGUCAAUGAUAAUGCACCACAAUGGAUUGGCACACCAUACACACUGACCCUAUCCGAGGUGACGGUGCCAGGGACACGCAUACUUCAAGGUGCCCGCGCCGAGGAUGCCGAUCAGCCGGGACCAUUUUCAACGGUUGAAUAUCAGGUGCUGCCCGGUCCAUAUGCGGAGCUGGUGCAAUUUCUCAAUCCGCUCGAGGGCACACUGGUGCUAAAGAAGGCCCUCGACUACGAACAGUUGCAGAACUUCACCGUCAAGCUGCGUGCUCAGGAUCAGGGCACACCACCGCGACACUCGGAUACACUGCUGCGCGUUGUCAUCACCGAUGCGGAUGAUCAGAAUCCCAAGUUUCAGCGCGAAUCCUACAGUGCUGAACUGCCAGCCGAUGGCCGAGCCGGCGAGUUGCGGAUGCGUCCCGAGCCACUAAAGGCCGUCGAUCAGGACGAGGGCAUCUGUGCGCCCAUUCAGUAUAAUAUUGUACAAUCGCAGGAUGCGAAAUACUUCCGGGUGCAUCCGCACAAUGGCAUCAUAACGCUGCUGGCGCCCAUUGGCUAUGCAGAUCUGACACACGGAGCCACUCUGGUGGUAAAAGCGACGCAGAUCGAUAAUCCAGAUCGCUAUGCACUAACCACGGUGCAGUUAACGCGUUCGGGAACGCACAGUGAUCUCAGCACACUGGCCUUUGUCCAGAAGCGUUUCGUGAUGCGCAUUCGGGAGGACACAGCGGUGGGCAAUCGCAUCCUGGCUCUGCCCACCAACAAGCCAGGGAAGCAUUUGAAGUACACCAUUGUGGAUCCAAUUAACUCACAGUUCUUUAGCGUGGGAUCGCUGGGUGAACUGGUGCUGGCCAAGCCGCUGGACUAUGAGAAGAUGACCAAACACGAAUUCCAGGUCGUUGCCAGCGAUGGCCUUACCAAUAGCACCUCAGCCGAUGUCACACUGGAAGUGAUUGAUGUCAACGACUGGGAGCCCCGCUUCCGGGAGACUCAUUACGAGUUUGUGGUGCCCAAAAGCUCGCUGCAGUCGCGCACGGAUUCCUUUGAGGGCGUUCUAAUUGGCAAGGUGGAGGCGGCGGAUGGGGAUCGCAAUGAUAAGCUGGAGCUAUCGCUGCGUGGGCAGCAUGCGGGUCUCUUUGAGAUCGAUGCGACAGGCAAUAUUUAUAUGCGGCCAGAGCAGUUGCAGAGUCUCAAUGAGUCGACGGUACAUCUGAUUGCCAUUGCCAUGGACUCGGGCGUGCCUCCGCGAAGCACGUCUGUGCCGGUUAGUGUAACCAUGGAGGGACUGACUCUCGCCCAGUCCACAUGGAACAGCAGUAUGCUGGGCAUGUUUGGCAUGAUUGUGGGAUUGUUCCUACUGAUCAUCAUGGCGCUCAGCUGCUAUAUUCUGCGCUCCAAAAAGCAGCGCAAGAGCAGCCCCGGCGGCUUGAGUCUGGGACGGAAUCGUGUGCACAGCCAGGCGCACAGUAGCGUCUCCUCGGCGAAUCUGGUGACGCACGAGAAGCUGGCGGGCAAUGGCAAUGGGGCCAGUGUCACCAGCGGCGGAGUCUCUGUCCUACACAUGAAGCAUUCCAGCAGCAACAUCAACAUGGCCAAUCCCAUCAACAAUGGGCUGCAUCAUGUGGCCAGCGGUGCCAGCAGCAGCAUGGCCCUCAGUUCCGCCAGCAAUCUGCUCGAGCGGGAGCGCGAACGGGAACGAGAGCGUCAGCGAGAGAGCUAUGCGGCAACGGUGCGCAUCUUCUUACCAGGCAUCGUAUCCCGCGCCUCGGCCAACGGGCAACUCUACGAGGAGGACGAGAUCGAGCACGACUCCCUCUCGCAGCAGGGCCAACAGCAGCAGCAGCAGCAGCAACAGCAGACGACGCCGGAGAACAACAAUCGCAAAACGAUAGCUGCUGUCACAGGCGGUGGCGUCACCACCAUCACAACGACAGCAAAUGGCAAUGCGAUUGGUGCUGGUUCCAAUCUACUCACCGCCUCGGAUGCGAUGGGCUCAUCCGAGAACAAUUUGACUGUCUACUUUUAGGACAGCUGAACAAAGUCGCCGUUAACUUGUAAAUAUUGCUGGCCACGGACAGUUAAAGAUUUAAUGACUAGGUCUAUGUCUAAGUCGCGUUUAGGUUUUUAGGCCCCAAUGUAAAUGUAGUAGACCAAAAAUAGCAUUGUAAACAUCCAGCACUUGUAGUCUAAGCAAGCGAAUUCCAUUGUACAAUUUUGCUUCCCACUUUUUACGAUACUUUAACGACAAGCUUAAGAAUAAAUUCUAUUGAA